CUCUCACCCUUCCUCGCCAUUUCCAGCUUUUUUCUCUCUCCCUCUUGAAAACCUCCGCCAUUUCUCCGCCUUCUCGGAUCACCAUCGUCCUACCCUUCUUUCCUCUAGUCACCUUUUCAUCCACCGUUUCCUCCCUUUCAUCGUUCAUCAUUCAUCAUUCAUCGUUCAUCACCACCGUCUCACUUUUUUUUCCUCCUAUGAUUCUAAUCUCAGCCAAACACUCACCUCAUCCCUCAUUCACCUAAAUCCUUCAAAACCCAAGUGGGUUCUCAUCAGCAGAACCAGAUCUAGAUCAAAGUCUGAUUUGGGGAAUCCCACCCACGAGAUCAGGCCCAGAUCAUUUCCCCUCCCUGCUGCCCCACAAAACUCCUCUGUUUCAUAUCUAUACCAAUAAAACAUGACAUAGCAGAGCUGAUGGAAAACUGAGAAGGCCGGCGAUUGAGAAGAGAGGAGGAAAAUCCCAGAAGGUUGUUCAGCUACUGUGAUAUGGAGGAGAUGACUUGUGGCUGUUGUGGGGUGAAGGCGAGCAGAUCUGGAGAUCGAAUUCGAUAGAGCUGAGAGACAGCCCGUGAGCAGUGGUUGUUGUGGUGGAGGAUGGUGAUGAUUGGAGAUGAGGAACCAGUAAUGAGAAUGGUGAUCGGUGAUGGAGGGGAGAAAAUCGAUGAUUGAAAAAAAAUGGAGAAAGGGAGGAGGGGGGGGCCCGGGGGGGCGAAAAAAGGGUGAGAGUUGAAUCCAUGGUGGUGUUGAAGCUUCAAGCUCUAUGGAACCACCCGACCAAACCUAGAACCAUUCAUUUCUGGGCACCAACUUUUAAGUGGGGUGUUAGCAUAGCCAACGUGGCUGAUAUCUCUAAACCUCUAAAAAGCCUUUCAUAUCCUCAGCAGAUCGAUAUGUGUUACGUUACUAUGAUUCUCUAAAUGCAUUGUUAGCUAAUUUCAUCUUGUGAUGUGUGUGGAUAUAUGUGCAUAUAUAUGUGCAUAUGUAUCAAGUGUCUUAUGGGCAAACUGUUUUACAUUCAAGAAGUGGUUUUAUAAACUUAUGCUUUUAAA